GAAUCGAAAAACCGAUGUGCAAACUUUUGUAAGAAUCCGCUACAGGGAUUCAUACAGUUUGAACCGAAAACAAUACACAGUCAGUCCUUAAUUGCAAACCUAUGAGUGGUUCUGUUCAAAAUAAUUGUACUUGUAUACUGUUUUAGUUUUUAACUUCUACUCAACAUGUGUUGAUGUGUUACAUAAUUUCGUUACAGUGAUACAAGUUACAAUAAGCAAGAUGUUGCACAGUUGUGCAUUAUUCACUACAGUGCAAUUCUUGUGUACACGAUGCCUGCAUUCAGCCCGUAAGAAAAGAAAUGUAAAAACAUCUGUGUGCGCGAGCUGAAAAGCUACAUUAGGUUAUUACGCAUAUUGGAUUAUAUAAUUUGUGUACGCAAGCAACUCAAAAGGUUUAUGGUGAUUUACAAAUGCAGUUUGCGUAAUUUACAAAUACGCAGCUUAUCUGGAGAUCGUGAGAAGUAUGAAUACAUUAACAUCUUGUACUGAUCACCCCAUUCCCCCUUCCCCUCCCAUAUCCCAUGGAUUAUCGUAGAAUAUAUCACACGAGCACCUCGCAUAUACAAAUAUACAUGAGCACCUCGCGUACACAAAUAUAAAUGCACGUGCACACGCGUCUUAGUAAAGCACUAUGGUAGCCUUGACACAUUCCAUAAAAUCACGUUCUUAUCAAAUAUCAUAAAGACAUGUUGAUCAGUUUGCAUACAUAUUUAACAAUGUUGGAGGAAGUGAAUAGGAUUUAGGUGUGUGCUAUUUCACCAAUGAAGAGAACAAUCUGCAAAAUAACGGGACGGUUAAAUGUGAGCCAUAAUUCUUGGGAACAAUCGACGCGAAUAGCUAGACGAUUGUUGGUGCGCCAGGAAAAGUACCAGACGCCACAAACGCUUGCCCGCCAAUAUCAUUGCAAGGAGAGAAAGGACUCCCGCUAACAGUGAGGAGUACUAAUUAAACAUUCCAGUAAUGUUACACGCCAAUAUAUCAGUUUUAUUUGUAACUUGCUAAUAAAAUUUAUCGACUUUCUGCACAUACAAAACAAUUAUAGAAUAAUAAAUAGCAAUAUCCCCCUUUACCAACAUUUACAAAGCAACACAGUGCUCAACUUAAAACUCUUCAGUUUGCACAUAUACAAUAAUUAUACCCGAAUACAUAACAAUUAUCUCCCUUUACUGAUAUAUACAAAGAAAAACAAUUUUGGAUACAUCAUAUAUACAAACUUGUAUAUUUUUGUACAUGUCAUAUAUACAAACUUGUAUAUUUUUGUAUAUCUCAUCAUUCCAAACUUGUAUAUGCUUUGAAUAUAUCAUCUUUCCAAAGCAUAUACAAGCUUGUAUAUAUAGAUUAUUUUUUGCAUCACAAAACCACAAAAACUUCGUGAAUAAGUAACACGCUACUGUUAAAUACUAAGUACCUGUCCACAUCGAUUGCAUUUUAAGUCUUCCUUGUUAUAUAUCAGGACAAUAAUAAUUCAUGAUCAGCAGAUAGUCCUCUACCUGUGGGGUGAUGUUUAUUUCCUUAAAAAUGAUUCAGUAAAAUGUGUACAAAAUGUUUGAGAUGUCAGUCACUUACAAAUCAGCAAUAUCUACUUUUCAAAUAACUAACAAAGAAAACAUUCAGCAGAUAUCAAUAACAACAAAGACACUCAGAAUGGAACAAAACAAGAACAUACAUAAUGAGAUUCUGAUAUAUUUCUACAGAACUGAGAUGAAAUAUUUUCUUGCCAAUGUCUGUAACAACCGGUUACAUGGCGAGAACACAAUCUAUUUGUGACUAAGACAUUUUAAGGAAAACUCGUUUCUUCCAUUUAAAAUAGGACACACAGUAACGUGUUGUGUGUGCUUUGCUUGCGACCACCGUACCAUGUCUGUCUAUUGUUCAGGCGAUCAGCAGAUACAGCUCCACCCUUUCCAAGAACUGUAAGCAAAAGUAAACUACAACUAGGUCACGUUAGGUCAUUAAUUUGAGUGGAUUAAGCUAAACUUUUCAUAUUCACAGGGAGCAACACAGUAUAUGGUUACCGCAGAUAAACUUUAACCACUUGCAGAAAUCUGCUACGUGUGUAGUGCAGGGUAUAUAUAUUAUCGUAUUAUGAACGGACACACACAAAGUUAAUAAUCUGACUAAUUACAAAACCAAGAGAUGAAUAUCCAACCCCGUUGACAUGAGACUAAUACUUAAAGUUAUGUCACUUUACCACCGUCCCAUGCAGUUCGUGACGGCACACACGUUGUGGAACCUUAUAUGAUUUCAUUUACAUAUCAUGUAAGAUAGAACCUGUAUAAAAACUGUGCCAUUGCUUACACGAUGUUCAAACGUCUACUACCACUUCAAACUUAAAAUGUCUCAGUUAACGUUAACGGUAAUGUUAAUACAACCCGUGCUCGCAAUCUACCCAGCUGACACUUGCAGGGUGACAUGUAACCCGAAACCUUGUUCUAGGAUGGGAGUAGCAAUGUGGGAGAAAUAUAUCCCCGGGGGCGUUCCGGUAUUGACACUCGCGUGUCAACUCUAACUUGGCACAGGUUGUUUACAUAACAUUAUAUGUAUUGGAAAUUGGAAAUGCAGACAUCAAACUGGCGAACUAUUCUCGAUCAUAAAACUCACAACAGGGAUGAAAAUUACACGAUUGGAUCAGUGCUCAGCAGCGAUCUGCUCGUAACUGCAAUACUUGGUUCAACAUAACCUAGGCUCGACUCAAACUGCAACAUCCCCUGGGUCUAACAUUUAACAUUGAUUUAUUUUCUGAGAGAACUUUUUGAACUUGAAAUCGAGGAGAAAAACAGGAACUUCAAGAGUACAUCUCUGAGAAUUGUUUUCAAUUUCCAUUAACCUCUCUGUUCCUAGCAGUAAAGGGGAAGAUUCAGAACGAAAUAUGCAUUGUAUGAAUGUAAUGCUGUCAUCAGGAUAGGAAUAAUCGGUGUAUUGAUAUAUGUUAUUUUACGUUUUUCCUUGUAUCACAUCGCUCAUCUACUAUAUUUAAGGUAUACUAGGAAACGCUUCAUUGAAACAGUGUUAACCAGUGUGCAGUAUCAAUAAAACCAGACACACUAAACAGACAAGAAGUAGGACAACGUGAAUUGAGUUCUAUACUAAGAACAUCCCUCGAUUUCAUCUCCAAACAUGAACAUUUAUUGAACUGGACCAUCCCAAUGUACCAUUACGAGGCGGAUAAGGUGUGUUUGUAAUAUAGAUUUUUUUACUUCUUUAAAAAAAUAUACCACCUCGCAGAAAAUGGGCUGAUGUUUAUCUGCUAGUUUGGACUUAUUGGGAACCAACUGGUGGCACAACUUAAAACUCUUCUUCUUCUAGUGUGUUCAUCCAGUGAUACUGUGUGCAGUGUCCAUUGUCGCCAUGUGUGGUGAUCUUGAGAAUCUGAAUGAAUGCUUGUCCGAUGUCAAUUUGUAUUUUUGUAUGUAAAAUUACAAAACAACCCAUUAGAAUACAGUUCGUAUCUUUAGUGUACAAUCAUGUCAGGACUUGUCUUGACACAACCUGACUAAUCAUGACGAGAAUGUAAGGUAUAUAUAUAACAGCUACAGUCUGGGUUGGUGAUCAUACGCCAGGUCUGCACACCUACUGAACAAGAAGUACUACCAUGGCUUCACAAAACCCAAAAGAAAAGACCAGACAGUUUGGUGAAAGUGGCAAGAGAGAGAGCCAACUGGACUGGGAGGAGUACUUCAUGGCCAUUGCAUUUCUGUCUGGAAUGAGAAGCAAAGACCCCGUCACGCAGGUCGGAGCGUGUAUUGUCAAUCCUAAGAAAAGGAUCGUCGGAACAGGUAACAACGGGAUGCCUAACAGUUGUAGCGAUAGAUUGCUCCCCUUGGGUAAAAAAGACGAUGCCAGCCAACUGGGAACUAAACGUUAUUACGUCUGCCAUGCAGAGAUGAAUGCUGUGAUAAACAAGUUCACAGCAGACUUGGAAGACUGCACUAUGUACGUGUGCUUGUAUCCAUGUAACGAGUGCGCCAAGAUCAUCAUCCAGUCUGGCAUCAAGACAGUGGUCUACUACUCGGACAAGAAACAUGACAAGGAGGAAGUAAAAGCCGCGAAGAUCCUGUUUGAGGCGGCUCGUGUCGAAAUAAGAGAAUAUAAUGGGAAGAAAAAGCAGGUUAUGGUGGAUUUCCAGUCCAUUGAAGACGCCACCAAAGACCGGACGAAAGGCUCCAGGAAAUCUUUGUAUUCGUUUGCAGAUUGUUUCCCGUCAUCUGCAUUUCAAAACUGAAAAUACAAGGCUCCUUUAUUGCAGUAUUUAGGUAUAAAGAUAAUUAUCGUAUUUCUUUCAAUAUUCUAUUUUGCAACGUAUUUGAUUAUAAUUACCUUUGAGUAUCUGUAUUGUUCCAUUUAGCCGAUAAUUUAACUUCUACGGAACACUUUGACGGAAAUGUUGUCAUACAAGUGUUACCUCCCCUUAAAUUAUCUCCCUUUGUCGUAAGUGACUAGCACGUACAUAAACUGUAGACGUUCUUUUUACGUUAGGUCCACAUUGACAAGGCAAUGUCAGAUGGUCGUUUAUGGAAUUAAUAUCAUUUCUUGCCGAUUGUUAUCCUCUCGAAAAUGUUUCCUUAUAAACUGUAAAUUUCUCAUUUAACUCGUCAAUCGUUCGUUUCGCAAUGCACCACUUUUGUAACUUGGCCAGCGUCUAUUCUUUCGCUUCCAACAGCAGUCUCCUGUUAAGAUUUGAGAAACACUUUGUAAGUCGCAAAUACAAGGGGCAGUGAACCGCCCCUGUGUGUGAGGUAGGGAGACCUUACGUUUCAAGGUUUUACAUUUGAAAUGAAAUAAUUUAAUUUUCUGGUAGACAGCUACACAAACAAUAUAUAAUA